AUGUCGAGAUUUUCGUUGAAAGGCCGAACUGCUUUGGUUACCGGAGGCGCUCGCGGAUGUGGCCUUGCAUUUACGCAGAGCUGUGCUGAAGCCGGAGCCGACGUGGCCAUCUUUGACGUUAUUCAGCCAGACGACACAUUCCGAGCCUUGAGUGAGCAAUACGGUGUCCGGGUAGCAUACUACGAGUCUGGACUUCUUACACUCGGUCUCUGGUUUCGGUUGCUGACGGUUUAUAGAGUUGACAUAUCUUCUGAGCAAUCACUCCAAAAUGGCUUCAAUCGGUUCAAGUCCGAUUUUUCCAAUGCGCUCGAUAUCUGUAUCCCAUGUGCCGGAAUCAAUCGUCAUCGCCCCUUCCUCGAAUUCUCGUACCAAGACCACCACGAUUUACUGUCCGUCAACGUGUUGGGAUCAUACUUUACGGCGCAACUGGCAGCUCGACAGAUGAUCGCAAACGGUACGCGAUAUGGGAGCAUCAUUCUGGUGGCCAGCAUCGCCAGUCAGCGGGCCAUUCGAAGCCAACUCUGUAGUGCGUACUGUGGCUCCAAAGGUGCCGUGAAAGCCAUGUGUCCGGCCAUUGCGCAGGAAUUGGCACCUCAUGGAAUCCGUGUCAAUUCGAUUUCACCGGGCUACGUGCAAACGGAAAUGACCGCCGGCUUCCCCCAAUUGCUUGAAAGUUGGAAGGGAGAGAUCAUGCUGGGCCGAGUUGCUGAACCAGACGAUCUCCGGGGCGCGUGUAUGUUUCUGGCGAGCGAUGCCAGUGCGUACAUGACGGGGCAGGAUAUCGUUGUCGAUGGAGGGGAACUAUUCGCAAUUAUGGUUCCAAGUGCAAAUUAUGAAGGCUUCCGUGACAAUGGGUCUAGCAACGCGACCAGUGUUGUCGUUGUGGGUGCUGGUCCAUCUGGGCUAAUGUUGGCGUGCAAUCUCGCGAGAUUCGGAAUCAAAACAAUUGUCCUCGAUGAACAGCCCGAUAAGAUAUCGACUGGUAGGGCCGAUGGAAUUCAGCCCAAGACUAUCGAGACUCUCAAACAGCUGCGACUCGCCGAUUCCCUUUUGCGUGAGGGUGCGCGCGUAUACGAUAUUUGCUUUUGGGAAUCCACGGACGAUGCUCCCCUCCAUCGAACCGGUCGCAAAGUGCAUUAUCCGGAUCAUCUUGUCGGAGCUACGGAUCCCUAUAUCCUGCUGGCUCAUCAAGGAAUGCUCGAGGACGUCUUUCUCCGGGACAUGGCCGCUCGCGGUCUGGCUGUUACCCGAAACAGUCGAUUCUUGUCCUGUAGUCGCGUCCCGUCCAGCAAUCGGUUGUGCGUGAGCUAUCAAGAUCUUGCGUCUGGCACCAUCAAAGAUAUCCAAACCGACUACCUCAUUGGCUGCGACGGCGCUCGGUCACAAGUGCGGCAGUCAAUUCCAGACGCGCGGCUUGAAGGAGCCCGGACAAACGAGUCUUGGGGAGUCUUGGAUGGAGUGAUUGAAACAGACUUCCCUGAUCUCUGGAGCAAAGUCGCCGUGCGCUCCCAUACAGCCGGUUCGAUUCUGUGGAUUCCUCGCGAGCGCAACAUGACCCGGCUGUACGUCCAGCUCAGUUCGAUUGACGGUGACGCCGUUGACAAAACAAUGGUGACGGCAGAGUAUGUUAUGGAGCGCGCAAGGGCCGCCAUGCAUCCAUAUCGGUUGGAAUGGUCCAGUAUCGAAUGGUUCGGCAACUAUGUAGUUGGACAGCGAGUCGCCAAUCAUUUUGCGGAUCCCCAACUACAGACAUUUAUCGCCGGUGAUGCAGGACACUGUCACUCAGCUCUGGCAGCCCAAGGCGCCAACACCAGCAUGCACGAUACGUUCAACCUGGCGUGGAAAUUGAAUCUCGUAAUUCGUGGCUUAUCAAAACCAUCCUUGCUGUCGACGUACGAGGAAGAGCGGCAGAAGAUUGCAAGUGACCUUAUUGCUUUUGAUGUCGGACACUGCAAGGCCUUUUCCCAGGGCGACGAGGCGCUAACCCGGAACUUCGACGAGAACAUCCGCUUCAUCUCCGGCAUAGGCGCGGAAUAUGCAGCGGGCGUUCUUACAAAAGUGGACGACGACGAAAUUAGCGUGCGUCAAAGUCUCCGUCCGGGCGCCUUGUUGUUGCCAUCUCGAGUGACGCGAUAUAUCGACGCCAACCCGGUCGAUAUCCAACUGGACAUUCCAUUUUUGAGCCAGUUCAGGAUAUACUUGGUUGUUCCGGAUAUAAUGAAAGCCAGGCCGUUUCUGUCCGCACUUUGUACUGGCUUGGACGCGUUUCUGCGCCGUCUAUCGCCAAUGGUCGACAAGUCUUACUCGGACAUGCCCCGAAGCGUCGCGCAGUCUGAUACGUUUCUAUCGUCCCAGCGAUAUACUGCCAUCUCGCAGAUUGCUACUCUAGCCCUUGUCACCGCGACGCAGAAGUCUGCCUUUGAGAUUCAUGACCUUCCAGUCCCACUGCAGCGUAGCCGUUGGACGGUAUAUCUCGAUGACACGACUUCUCCCGGUUGUAUUAACAAGUGGGCCAGUUCGCUCACGAACAGUGAAGCGGUCGUUGUGAAUGUGAGACCAGACGGAUAUGUUGGAUCAGUUGGACGGUGGACUGGUGCUGAUGAUGCAGCGGUGGGCGAAAGAGCGGCCAGAUGGAUCGAAGAUUAUUACCACGAUGUACUGAUGUAG